CCGUGCGCGGGCGCGUCGGUCGGUAUAAAACCGGAGCGCCAGGUUCUCUCAAAGCUCUACGCAAAACAGGCGUUCAGACGCGUGCCACUCCCAAGCUUAGUGACUAAAACGAUAUUAAGAUGUAUAGAUUCACUCGAUCCCGCAUGAUGCAGCCCAUGAUCAAUUCUGGCAUGGGAAUGGCUCCUUUCUUCAAGGUGACGGUGUUCGAACAGGAACACUUCCAGGGAAAAUGUCAGGAGUUCACCUCAGAAUGCUGUAACAUCCAGCAAUGUGGCUUCGACAACAUCCGGUCCAUUCGCGUGGAGAGUGGAGCCUGGGUGGGUUAUGAGCACCAUGACUUCCAGGGACAGCAGUUCAUCCUGGAGAGAGGAGAGUACCCUCACUGGGAUGCUUACAGUGGAAACCUGUCAUACCACGUGGAGAGACUUAUGUCCUUUAGACCCGUCUACUGUGCUUCUCACCAAAGCAGUCGCAUGGUCAUCUUCGAGAAGGAGAACUUUUUGGGCCGUAGUGCAGAGCUGUGUGAUGAUUACCCCUCUCUGCAAGCCAUGGGAUGGUGUGGAACUGAAGUGGGCUCCAUGCAUGUGCAGUGUGGCGCUUUUGUGUGUUAUGAGUUCCCAGGAUACAGGGGCCGGCAGUACAUUAUGGAGUGUGAGAGGCACAGCGGAGACUACCAGCACUGGAAAAACUGGGGUUCCCACAGCCAGACCCCUCAGAUCCAGUCCAUCCGCAGAAUCCACCACUAAGAGCUUAGCCUUACCAGGGGACACUACACCGAUCACCCUACCGCCCGACAAACACUUCAUUCACACGUACACAUUCCUGCACUUUUCCCUGAAGAGUCUUUCUAUUGCUAAGAACACAACACACGUAUCCAAACUCUAUACAUACCACCCUGUCUUACAUGAGGGUGUCAAUCAUUUACUGACAGUGGUUUAUGUCAGGUGCUAAAUAACACCCACUGAGGUGGUACACACAACAAAUGCAAUAUAAGCUAUGUUUGGCUGUAUCCCUGUAAGGGGACUGACCGAGAGCUGCUCAGGUGUAAUGUAUAGGAGGAUUAUAAGAACAUCACAAACCAAUAAAUAAACUUAUGUUCACUU